UGAAGAUUUUUUCCAAGGCAUGGAACACAUGUCUCUACAUGGUUCCCGCCUUACACUGUAGAACUCUUGUUCUUUUUUUUUUUUUUUUAUCGCAAUCCCAGAAGAGGGUUUCGGUGAUGGCGGCCUUGACAACAAUCUGGCAGCCUGCUACUUCGGAACGAUCAGCCACUCGAAGAUCUUCCAUGAUCCACACGGGAUUCCGCCGACUCACACCAAGAGCCAAGAGAAACUCUACAAGGUGCUCAGUGUCACACCAAGAGCAAAGCUGCUCGAAUAGAGUUCCAACAUUCUGGGAGCGUUUGUUGCUUGCCUGGCAAGUUCUCUUCCCGCCUUCAAACUCUAGCGCAGAGACAAGUGCCAACAUCGCGAAGCAGCGGUUGAAGAUGGUUCUCAUCGCAGAUAGGUGUGCUGUAAGCGACGCAGCGAAGCGGAUGAUCGUCUCCAACGUUGUUGGAGCAAUGUCUCAUUUUGUCGAGGUUGAGUCGGAGGAGAAGGUCCAGCUAAACGUGACGACCGAUUCCGAGCUUGGCACCAUUUACUCCAUCACUAUUCCGGUGAGAAGAGUAAAGCCAGAGUAUCAGCUUUCCUCCAAAGAUUUGGAGGGCGUGGAGCUAGCGGAAGGAUUGACUUGCAACAUUGUUCUCGAUCCUUCUCGGGAACCAUAGCCAGCAGCAUCCAA